AUGCCGGCAGAAGGGGAGCAGAUUCCAAAGGCCGUCUGGGCCUUCACGUCCAUUGACGGCUUCCGUGCCGGCUUGAGAUUGAAAGAGGAGAAGAACGGAGAGCGGCAGACCGGAAACCGGUUCGUGGCCGCCCGGAUGAUUCCCAGAAGCUGCAGAGUGCUGGUCAUUUUCCAGGUGGACAGCGCUCUGAGACUUCCUGCCGGGUGUGAGAUCGAAGACCUCGCCACGCCCAUCGAGAUUGAGCUCCGUGCCUGCGAGCGCAGUGUCCUCCUCGAUGGCCCGGACGGAACAGGACCAGUUCAGAUGCCUCGCAUCACAGAAACCGAGUUUCGCAUGAGAACGAAGCUCCCGCGCGGCCCGGCCUUCUAUGCGGCCUUCCGUCGCGAGACUGACAAAGUCGUCCAGGAGUGCUUCCUGCUCGACUGGUCCCGGGCCAAAGUCGCCCGGUUGGUGAGCAAAGAUCCGGACCGGCAAGACACGCAGCAGUUGCUUGCGUCGAACUACCGGAAACUGGUUGCUUUGUACCGCGACCUCUCCUGCGUCGGGACAACUGGGGAGACUGGCUUUGGCGUGACGCAGCUGGAGGCUUCUGCACUGCUUACCCAAGCCGGUCUCGUCGACGACACCACAAGGGUGUCGGACAUAGACCGGUGCUUCAUUGCGGCCAAGGUGUUGCCAGUGGACAUGCGCAAGGCAGGUGUGCGGCUUGCAAAUGACAAGGUCCUCAACCGCCAUCAAUUUCUGGAGUUGCUGCUGAGAGUGGCCGAUCAGCGCUACGUGCAGACAGGCCGGGUGAAGAGCGUCUCGGAGGCGCUGUCACAGGUUCUGGAGCCGUUGCUCCCUGUCGGACAGGCCAAGGUGGCCGAAGUGGAUGCCAUCCUUGACGCUCUUCACACGGAGGAGGCAAUGGACCGCUGUUCCCUUCGCUUGUUGUGUGCCUUGGUUUGGGUGUCUAUGACAGCUGCGCAGGAGCCGAAUGUGACCCGGUGCACGAGCGGCGCGGCUAACAUCACCACAGGCAUCGCAUUCCAUGUCCAGGUGUGCAACCUCUUCGGCGGUACUUGCUACAUCAACCACCCCGACAUCCAAGAUUGCGCUACCGAGUCCCUCGAAAUCUUGGCUGGGGAGUGCAAGCUGUAUCCUAUCCGUGAGUAUGUUGACAACUGGGUGCGCUCCGGCGCAAGUGCAGUGGAGGAGCUGUCCACCGAAAGGGACUUGGGCUGCAGUGUCUUCAUCCAGAACGGGAAUGCGCGGCUCUCGGGUGCCUGCGCUGCGGUGCAGUGCUCGCUGGGUGGCGGUGCAUGGGCUGGACCCGGCAUGACCGGCAGCAGCCCCCCCACGCGAGAGACAGGAGUGACGAAUACCGGCACAGCUUCGUGGACCAAUUUCACCCUGGUGGAAAUCAGCGAUGAUGCGGAGCAACUCAAGAAC